CACUUCAUAAGUGUAGAUACUGUGGCCAAGAUGGCCGCCGGUACAGCAUCUGUCACUAUAGAGGAACUUCUUACUUGCUCCCUUUGCUUGGAGCUGUUCAGAGAACCUAAGACAUUAACAUGUCUUCACUCAUUUUGCAAGGAAUGUCUGAACGAAAUAACAAAGACAGCGAAUAAAUAUGAUUCAAUCGCGUGUCCAUUAUGUCGUGACGAAACCGCCAUACCACAAUCGAGUAUCGAAGGAUUACCAACGAAUUUCUUUAUUAAGAAUUUGUUGGAAGUCGCUGAAUUGAAAUCGAAGAAUGAAAGUUUGCUGUGUUCCAAUUGUGAAGACGGUUUAAAGGCGAUGGUGCGGUGUAUCGAAUGUGAUGAAUUCUUUUGUCAGAUGUGUCUUAACGCACACAAUCGUCUGAAAACGUAUGAAGAGCAUAAGGUCGUUGAUCUAAAGAAUCUUCUCUCCCCGACAACUUCCAAAGAGUUUCAUCCCGCCAUGAAAUGUGCCGACCAUGAUCUUGCUUGCAGGUUUUACUGUCGUACUUGUAACGUAUUGAUAUGUCGUGAUUGUACGGUAGUUGACCAUCCCCUAGCCACGCAUUCCGUUGCCAACCUGAAAGAUGUGGCUGAACAGUGUCGAGAGAGAUCUCUUGAAGCAAUGGGCAAGGCAGAGAAACACAUCGCGCAUGUGAAACAAGUCCAACAUUCGUGUCGUGAAAAGAAAGAGAAGCUCAAGACAUCGGUUGAUACGAUCACCGCCAAGCUUAACGAGAAGAAGGAGCAUCUUAUUCAGCAGUUUAUUCAAACUAUUGAAGGUUUUUAAUAUUUUGUUGUUUAUUAUCUGCAUGCAUAUUCAAAUAAUUCCAUAAUAUACAAGACUGGGGCUAGAAACCUAAAAGGCUUUAUGAAUUCUCCUAUACUGGUCAAAUCAUCUAUCUAGAUCAGUUUAGCAAAUUAUGGGCGUUUUACAAGAAUUCCACUACAGUGGGGUAAUAUAUAUAUAUAUAUAUAUAUAUAUAUAUAUAUAUAUAUAUAUAUAUAUAUAUAUAUAUAUAUAUAUAUAUAUAUAUAUAUAUAUAUAUAUAGUUGAAUAUCAAAUGGGUUUGAAAGGAAGAGAAAUCGUUAUAUAUAGGUAAUACUGAAUAAAUAGUUGAUGAAAAGCUGUUUGUGAGGAUUAAAGAAUAAUAAUUAAGGUGUUAAAGAGUUUAUAGAACAGCAAAAAUUCGGGUGAUCGAUAGAGAUGCAACUACCUGAAGAAUACAAGGCGAAAUUUGAAAUAGUAAUUUUGUUUCUUUUCAUUAAAACAGUAGGCAGCCACCUCAAUAUUAAUAGCCACCUUAAUUGAAAAUUUAAAUAAUCUGUUUAUAAAUAAUCCAAAUAUUAAUUUCGAUUGAAAUAAUAUCUCAACCGUAGUUAAAUUAUUUUCAACUCCAGUGUGAAUGCUACUCAAAGUAUAAAGACGUUUCUGUGUUUCACUUAUAUUAAGGUCGUUCGUCUGAAAUGAUUUCACAACUUGAAGAACUUAUGUUAGAUAAAGCUGAGCAAAAUGAGAGAGACGAAGGGCAGUUAGAGUCAGAUUUGAAGAGAAUGGGCAACUAUGUCUUGUUUAUGCGAAAUCUUCUGGCGAACGGAAAUGAUGAUGAGAUGAUGAAUAUGUAUGAUCAUUUGGUGAGAUACGUCAAUGAUAUAAGUGGUCGAAAUCCAUUCUGGCUUGACGAUAACAACGAAGCAACGCCAACUGUUUCUCUGCAGUCUGAUGCUGGUGAUGAUGUCGUAGAUAGCUCUUUGGGUCACUUGGUUACGACUUGUCUUGGUGAGCUGGUUAUUCCGACAUUACAGGCAGAUCACUUCGAAUUGGUUGAGGAAAGAGGCAAGGUAAGGGCUGAAAUUAUGAUUGUAUUAAACUUGCACUGUAAAUUUAGAGUGACACAGUAACAUUGCUCUGUUUUUAGUGACAGAAUAACACUUUUAGGAAAGUAGCUACCUAAGAAGAGUAACUCAACAUUGAAUGGUUUCACAAGGAUAGCGUUUUAGAUCGUGCUAGCUUGAGUGUGAUGAUCAAGUUGAGCUAGGGACCAAAGUAGUACAAUUCGCAUGGUGUUGGCCUGUGUAAUGUUUACAACAGAUCCACAAACAGGGAAGGAUGAGGCAUAUUAGGUUCAAAUUAGAGCAAGGACGCUUGAAAAUAUACUUGGAACAAAUUGAUUGGUACUAUUCUCUACGUCUACAAGUGAAAUAGUGAAAUUAAGAGUUUCAGAAAUUUUCCAGACGGUUCAAGGUAGAGGUUAAAUUCAAUACAGUGUCUCGAUCUACGCUGUGAAGUACGAGUUUUAGGUCUUGUUCCUUCUCCUAAACAGCUUAAAAAAGAGCCAGAAAUAAAUAAGGAGUGCCUUGAGUAGGCAACGACAUUAGUAGGGCGCUUUCCAUUUGAUGGAAAUCUUGCUUGAAAAUCAAAUGGACAAAUUUUGGACAAACUCUCGAGGUUGUCCACAAAUUGGAAAUUCCGGAAGUUUCGAAAUUUUUACAUGCCAUUAAAACAUUUUCCAAUCACGUUGCUGCUUUCCAAUCUUCGACGAGCAAAAACCGCCACCAAAACCAAAAUGGCGGGUUCUCAACCAUUUCAGCGCCUCGAGUCUGGAUUUAUUUGCUGAAAGAAGAGAUUUGAGCGGCAGUGUCAAAUUCUUCAUAAUUAAAGAAUCAGUAUUCCAGAAAUUAACGUGUUCCAUUUGAUUUUCAAGCAAGAUUUCCGGAAUUUCCGUCAAAUGGAAAGCGGCCAACAAGCCUCCCAUAAUUUACAAGUCCUCCCAUAAUUUACAAGUCCUGUCACGCUGUAGCAUUCCAUUUUCCUACUGAACAUUACGGAAACGCAAACUGGGUAUUUUGUUCAAAUGUAAAGCUCCCUAGGUCUAUUUCCUAUUUAGAGGAACUUCGGGAUGGUGGCAGUAGAGUUGAGAAAAAAACGCGUCGAAGCUGGGUUGCUUUGUUUGUUGCCUGGUUGGUUUGUUGGCAGGUUACUGACUGACAGUCUAUCCUUUGUCUAUGUAUCUCUGUAGUCUGGCUGAUAACAUUAAUCGAGUGGGUUUUUUCUUUGGAUGAAUGGCCUUGACUAUUAGGAAAGGAAAGGAAAAGGAAAGGAAAAAAUUUAAUACUCUGAGGUGAUACAAUAAUUUACAACAAAAUACAUUACACAAAUAUAGAGUAAAGGCUACAAAGAAAUAACCAUAAGGGCUAAUCAAGCUAAGUAGCACAUUUAGACAAAAGACACAAGCGAAAGACGAAAUGUAUAUACUGUAUAUAAUCAAAUCACAUGCAUUAAGGCAAAGACAAAGUACAAUAGACGCAAAAGAAUAUAUCAUCAAAAAUAUCACAAAUGGAAACCGAAUUUAGUCAUUAUAAGCUUGAAGUAGAGAGUUUUUAAAUAAUUUUUUGAAGUUAUAUUUGCUUAGAGAUUUCAAUUUACUAUCAAUGGAAUUCCAGAUUAAACUACCACAGUAGCGCAGAUUAAACCGACCAUAGUCUGUCCGAAUUUUCGGAAUAUAUAAAAAUUUUUUUGUAGAAGAUCUAGUGUUAUAAUUAUGUAUUUCGGAAACAUUUUGAAAGAAAUUAUCAAAGACAGCGGGUAAAUUACCCACGUGGAAGUCAAACAUGAAUAGAGCAUUCUGAUAAUAUAUUAAAUCGACAAAUUUAAGUAUGUCACAAUGUUUGAAAAGAGGGGUUGAGUGUGUCCUAAAACUGGAGAAAGUCAUAAUUCUGACUGCCUUUUUCUGCAACCUUAUUAAAGUAUCAAGAUUAGAUUGAUAUGUAUUACCCCACACUGGUAAAGCGUACGUCAAAUAUGGAUAAAUGAGAGUAUAGUAUAAUUGUUUAAGUAUAUGUAAACCCACGAAAUUGCGAAUUUUUGAGAUUACACCAAUGCAGCGUUUAAUUUUGUUUGAUAUAUGAGUAAUGUGACUUUUCCAACGUAAAUUUGAGUCAAGGAAAAUUCCUAAGUAUUUGAUAUAUUUUUCUUGUUUAAUUUGACUAUUGUUGAUAAAUAAAGCAAUCACGUGGUUUGGAGUUCGCUGAGGGGGGUGAAACAACAAAGUUUGUUUUGUCAAUAUUUAAUGACAGUUUGUUAGCUGCCAACCAGUCAAAAAUUUUCUCCAAAUUUCUAUUAAUAGUUAUUUCUAGAUUAACAAGAUUUACAUUAGCAUGAAAAAGAUUAGUGUCAUCUGCAAAUAUGUUAAAUUCAAAAAUGUCACUGCAGUUAUGGAAGUCAUUAAUAUAUAAGAGGAAUAAAAGGGGACCCAAUACUGAACUUUGUGGAACACCAUAUUUAAUUGGAGUUUCAUCGGAUUUGAUAUGCCCGAUUGAAACAAAUUGGCGCCUGUUACUUAAAUAUGAGGAAAACCAAUCGUAAGCCAAACCUCUUAUUCCAUAAUGAUCAAGCUUGUUGAGAAGGAUGUCAUGGUUUACAGUGUCAAAUGCUUUGGAAAAAUCUAAAAAUAUUCCACAAGAAUACCAUCCCUUCUCAAUUGCUUGUUGAAUGUUAUCAGUUAUUGAAAGAGCUGCUUGUAACGUUGAAUGCUUGGAACGAAAACCAAACUGUUUGUUGUAUAAAAUUUCAUAUUUUUCAAUAAAUCUAGUUAAUCUUGUAUACAUUAAUUUUUCCAAAAUUUUACUAAAAAUGGAGAGAAGUGAGAUUGGGCGAUAAUUUGUUAACAUAGUCAGUGGGCCUUUUUUGUGAAUUGGAAUCACGUUCGCUAUUUUGAAUUGGUCUGGAACCGUACCAGUCAGGAAGGAAAGAUUGAAUAUUAUUUCAAGAGGAGUAGACAGGCUAGAUUUAACUGUUUUUAGUAAAUUAAUUGGAAUACUAAAAGGGCCUGUUGCUUUGGAAGAUUUAAGUUUUCCAAUUUCAGACUCAAUUUCACUUUUUAGAAUAGGAGUCAUAAAGAAGCUGUUUGGCACAGGACUACCCAUAAAAGCUUGUGUCCUUGUAUUAGUGCAUGGAACAGAAUCUGCAAUGUUCUUUCCAAUAUUAGAAAAGUAUUCAUUGAAUGCCAAGGAUAUAUUCUUAGUAUCUUUUAUCUCCUGGCCAUCCUUUAUAAUUUUUGUAGGUAAGCUAUGUCCCCUAGGUUUCAAGGUAAUAAGUUGUUUAAUUCCCUUCCAAGUAUUUUUGAUAUUCUUAUUAUUAGCAGUAAAGUAAUUCUCAUAGUAGAUUUUUUUACUAAUACGUUGCAAAUGAUUUAAUUUAUUUCGAUAGCACUUGUAUUUAGAUUUAUAAUAUUCAUUUUUUGUUGAUAAAUAUUUCUUAUAAAGUUUAUUUUUCCUCUUAAUUGAUUUUCUAAUACCAGAAGUAAUCCACGGUUUUGACAUAGUUUUAACCUCAUUUCUAGAAAUUCUAGUUACAGGUGCAUGUCUGUCAACAACCUUUAAAAUCUCAGAAUGAAAUGAUUGAAAUAAUAUGGGACGUUGGGGUAGGCUAAUUGGUUGAUUGGUCUGUGAUGUGGGCAUCUCACUCGAUAUAUCAAAUUGUUGAGGGGAUUUGUAUACAAAUAUAUGGAAAUUUCGAAUAUAUAAAAAUUCCACUCGAAAGUUCCAUCUACAAAUUUUUUCAACAAUUAACUGCGACUUUAGUUGGUUGAAUCAUAUGUAUGUACGGUCCUCCAUGACUAUUCAUAUUUAUGGUCUAUUCGUUGUUAUAAUGUUUGAUAAAACAACAACAAAAAAUGACUGAUUAUCGUCUUGCUGACCAUCUUACAGACAUUUCAGACUAAUAUUGCUUUCUCCUCCAAGGGAGCGGCUUAAAUACCCAAGCACGACCAGCAAGGUUGGAUUUCCCUCCGCAUAAGCAGCAUAAGCAUUACAAAACAAAGCUAAAUAAUCAUUUUGUUGUGCUGUAUAGGUGUUUGAUGUUGGUAAAAAUGUUGAGAUUAUAAUUCAGUCAAGCAAUCGACGCAGAGGGCCACCAUCUCCUCCAGAUCUUAAUUUGUUCCAAGCUAAAGCGCUUACUCCAAAGCAGACGGUAAUCCAAGCGAAGCUGCAACUACGCGAUGAUGGCUCAAUCUCCGUGCAUUUCACCAGUUACAUUCCGGGACGUCAUCGCCUGGCUGUUCAAGUCGAGGGAAAUUCUCUGCGAGGAAGUCCACGCACCUUGGAGGUCAAUGGUGAACCUGAUUAUUCAGUAGAUACAACCCUGCUUCAAAAAUUACCAACGGAUAAAUUUGAGGGGUGCUUGAAUGAAGUUCGCGUAACUGUUCGAAUUGACCUUGUUGGCAACAUAUAUAUCCUCACCGUACCAGUUCUCCGUGUAUUUGAUGCUGAUUUUAAUAAUUUGUAUAUCUUUGAUCUGUUCAAUGUGAUGACGAAACCGUGGAUUUUUACCGUCAAUAGUGAAGGUCGGAUCAUUGUAUCGGAUACUGGCAGCCAUAAGUUGUUCGUGUUCAAAACAGACGGAACUUUUCUUCAUGAAAUUGGUAGUGAAGGUACAGGUCGUGGAGAACUGGAAACCCCUCUUGGCGUAACGACUGAUUCGUACGAUAAUAUUGCUGUAUGUGAUGCAGGAAAUCAUCGUAUUCAGUUAUUUAACCCAGAUACCUCGUUCAAGUGUUCAUUUGGUGACGAGCAGGAUGGCAAAAUGAUGUACCCUGUUUCCAUUCAGUUCAACAGCCAAGGUCAGAUUAUUGUCGCCGAAUCUUCGUUGUGGUUUUCAAAUUUCCCUCCUUUGACAGGCCCUCCUGGUGGUUUUGAUGCAGCGAAUGCAGUUGAAUGCGUAAAGGUCUUCAGCCGAGAUGGUCAGGUUUUGCAGAAGUUUGGCGAACCAGGAGAAGGAAGAGGUCAAUUCUGGGCACCCAUUACCGUAGUUGUUGAUCACUGGGAUCAUAUAUGGGUAUCUGAUUUCACUUAUGGCUCGAUUCAAGUGUUCGAUGGGAAAGGAAAUUUGAAAGGAGUCUUCGCUUCUGAGGAGAAAGAUAAAGGAGCGGGAUGGUUAUCGACUAUGGCAGCGGCUUCCAAUGGCGCUGUGCUCUACAUGUCUGCACCACUCUGAGGUGGAAACUUUGUCGUAUCAGAUGUAUUUGAUACUUUACUAGAAUCUCAAUUUUAAGAAUUCAAUUUAGUAGUAGCUUUUUGAACUUAAAAUUGACACUUUGAAUAUUGCGAGGAAAUAUUUGUAGUUAAUAAGGAAAUAUUUGUAGUUAUUAUGAUCUGUUUUGAACUUGGUGUCGAACAUUUCGUGUUGCAAGCGGUUGCAUGCAUCCUUUCCAUAUCGAUUUUUCAUCACUUUUAUUAUUUUCAAUCACAUUGAUAUAGCCUACAGGUGCAUCCCAGAAAAUUAGAAUGUCUUUGAAAAAUUUCCUUUGAACAAAUCAUUACAUGUAAAACUAAAUAAUUUUUUCUUGACAUCAUAUACUACAAUAAAAACAUGUGCGAAGACUAGUUUAAAUGGCGAGAUAAUAUUCUAAUUUUUUGAGACGCACCUGUAGUAUCUCGAUUUUGCUGAUUUCACGGUUAAUUAACUUAAUUCCGCAGCAAAAGUAAUUAAAAUUUGAUUUAAUAGCUUUGAAAUUGUGAUUGUCUCGGUCUCGCAUGACUUCCCUUAUUUUGGAAGAAAUCCAGGUUUUUUUCUCAAUUAUACGCCUCUUUUUUCCCACUUAUACGCCGCUUUUUUAUUGGUGAAGAACGUGUAUCGGGGACAUCAUAGAAUAAUUUAUUCCACAUGUUGUGACCAAUGAGAUUCGUGAACUAACUAAUAAAGGGGACUAUUUUCAGAUCCUCAUCAUGGACCGAAAUUUAUGGAGUAUUGUAAUAAAGUUAAUGUCUGAAGCCUCGAAAUUAUUCAAAAUUAAUUGAAUUCAACAAAACUUCAAUUCUCUGAAAAAAGACAUUAUCCAUGAGAAAUCUUAGGGAAUCCCCUGGUGUUAUAAAGAUAGAGAACUUACUUUUAUCUAACAAGGCUUAGAUUGCAAAUGCUUUUAAUAAUUAUUUUCUGAAAUUGGGCAAAAUUUACAGUCCUUGCAAAUAUUUCAAUUUCUUUUGGGCACGGUCAAAUUCAAACCUGUGACGAAAGAGUGGUGGAAAUAUCUUAAAGUAAAUAAAUAGAUAAUUGAUUAGAUAAUGGGAAGUUAUUGAAUUUUUUAUUUUUUUCUUACAAUUUUUGUUUAGCCACGCUACACAUGAUGCAUGUUGUCAGAAUUUGCCACCUGGUCUGUAAAACUCAACAAGACGCUCUAUAGAGCGUUAACUCGCUGGGACUAUACAAAUAUGCACAUUACUGUAUAUACGGUACAACAGAAUCAAAUGGCCAAUUGAUUCGAGUUGUCACCUGACUCCUGAUUUAAUAUCAUGCUUGCCUGACCUUCAGGCGCCGGCGGCGACGAAGUUCCACACAAGUAGCUGUGCAUCGCUAUCUUUGUCGAGCUCUAAGAUGUUCUUUUGACCGUAACAGGAUUUAUUUGCACUAAGGGUUGCAUUCACAAUGCCGUACAAAAAGUGGUCCGAAUAAAUAGCAGC